UACAUGAACAUGCCAUGCAUACGAGUGAACAUCAUGUCGUUUGCUGACAUCUUGUUCAAUCAUUACAAAAGCUUUCACUGUACAAAGUACAAACACUAAUAGAGAGGGAGAGGGAGAGAUUCAGAGGAGGAGGGAGAGCUCCUGGAAUUGUAAGGAAAACCAAGGCUUUGAGAGAGACAUAAUAGAUUAACAGUGAGCUAAAGCUUAGUUUCAUUUCAAGCUUUAAAAAGAGCAUGAAGGGCCAUGAACCAAAGAUGCCAAGAAUGGAGGACAUUCUUAGUCUUCCAGUACAAGAUCCUCCUUGUGCAGAGUUUUCUGCUGCUCAUAUAAAGUGGGAGAAAGUAGAAGGUGGUCGACAAGGUGGCGAUGAUAUUGCCCUAAUCCCUUUUGCUAGAGUGGAUGAUUUUGUAAAAGGAGAAUCUUCAAAUGCAGAAUGUCCUGCUAGCUUUCGAAUUGAGUCUAGAAGGAAGAGAUCUGAAGGGAGCAUCAGCAAACCAAGGGUCGAUGGCUAUCUUGAAUAUACACUAUAUUGGUGUUCAUAUGGUCCUGAAGAUUAUCGAGAUAGUGAGUCCACUAUGGGGGAUGGUUCUCACACCAAACCUGCGACUGGGAAGGGAAGCAGACCCGGGAGGCGUCACAUGAUGAGAGGUUGCCUUUGCCAUUUCACUGUAAAACGCUUAUACACUCGCCCCUUCCUUGCUCUUAUCAUAUAUAAUCAGAGAAAACAUGUAGAUAAAACAGGGGCCCCAUGUCAUGGGAUACUUGAUGUGGAUGCUGUGGGGACAAGAGCUAUGUAUGCUCCAAGGAUUUCAGAAGAAUUGCGCCAGAAAGUGAUGUCUUUGCUAUAUAUUGGAAUAUCUUUGGACAAUAUAAUCCAGCAUCAUGCAGAGGUGGUGCAGGGGCAUGGUGGCCCCCUCAACCGAGAUGAUUUGCUCACUCGGAAUGAUGUUCGCAACAUGGAGAGGAUUGUUCGUAAUUCAUCUUACAAAUUGCAUGCAGAUGAUGAAUUCAGUGUAAAGAUGUGGGUGCAGCGCCACCAGAAGCAUGUUUUUUUCUUCCAAGAUAUGUCAAGCACAGAACCUUUUAUUCUGGGGAUACAGACAGAUUGGCAGCUGCAGCAGAUGAUCCGUUAUGGACAUAGUGGUUCGGUAGCUUCUCAUUCUACAUUUGGCUUGAAGAAACUUAAGUAUCCCCUGUGUACUUUACUGGUUUUUGACUCGUCUCAAAAUGCAAUUCCGGUUGCUUGGAUCGUUGCCUCCUCAUUUGUUACUCAAGAUAUCCACAAAUGGAUUGGCUCUUUGGCUGAAAGAAUCCGAAGCAAGGACCCAAGAUGGAGGCCUAAUGCCUUUUUAGUGGAUGAUCCUUCUUUUGAUAUUUCUUUCAUAAGAGAGGCUUUCCAAUGCCGGUUCCUAUUAUGUGCUUGGCAUGUUCGCCGUGCUUGGAUGAGAAGUCUUUUAAAGAAAUGCUGCAACAUUGAUGUCCAGCGAGAGAUGUUUAAGCACUUGGGUUGGAUUUUGUAUUCUACAAGAAGUGGGCCAAAUGCUGAUAAUGCAGUUGAAGAGUUCAUGCAAGUAUAUGUUGACCAAUGUAUCUUUAUGGAUUAUUUCAAGAGGAGAUGGUUGCCAUAUAUAGAGUUGUGGAUUAAUAGCAUAAGGUCUCUCCCUGUAGCCAGUGCGGAGCCCCUGGCUGCAAUUGAAUCCUACCACUUAAGGUUGAAAUCCAAGCUUUUCGAUCAGCAAUAUGCUAAUUCCUAUACAAGAAUUGACUGGUUGAUCCACACUUUGACAACUGAAUUCCACUCGUUAUAUUGGUUAAAUCAAUACAGUGCAGAGACUGGGUAUUUCACAAAUGUAAGGGACAAGUCUUUCUUAACUAAUGCUUGGUAUCAGGCCCUGCACAUCCCUGAUGUCGAUGUGAUAUUGGAUGAACAAAAUCUACAGCUUGCGAAAGUGAUCUCCCAGACCAAUAGAAGUCUGGCAUAUACAAUUUGGAACCCUGGUUCUGAGUUCGCCCUCUGUGACUGUCCCUGGUCAAGACAGGGAAAUCUCUGUAAGCAUGUCAUCAAGGUGGCAAUUUUAUGUAAAAAUCGACAGGUUGCAAGGCCAUUAUUGGCAUCUCAAGUUUAUCGCCAGGCCUUGCUUACCCUUCUGCAGAACCCCCCCGAUGAUCCUCUGGUUCUUGAGCAUGCGAUUUUGCGUGUUAGCCGCUUGCAACAGGAUAUCAAAGGUUUGGAAGAGUUGUCUAAUAAUGGGUUACUCCAGCCAUCACCACCUGAAAUGAACUCUCAAGUAGGAGAUAGUCUUCUGCUUUUCCCACAUCUUCAUUGAUUGAGCUACUGGAAAGGUGAUAGGGCACUUUUUUUUCCUUUUUUUCCAGCUUGAAGGCUUUUCCAUUUGGCCAAGGUUUUAAAUGAGAACAUGAAGUUAUGUCCUUUGAUCUGCUGGCAAGCUAACUUCAGAACAAGUCAGAACUUGCACCGGCUUGCUUUGGCAAGUUCAAAACUUGCAUUCAUGAAACACAGGGUUUUUGCCUGUGAAGGGAAUGUAUUAUGUGGGAUCCAUGGUUGCCUGGUUUUAGUGUUGGAUAUUUACCUGUGAGUUGGCAGAAGAUGGCCUGUGUUGACGCCCUGUUUCAUGGUUUGAUAUAAGCAAAUCUUGCCGGAAAACAAGCAAAAUAAAGUGGAGUCAUCUUUAGCUAGAGGUGUUACCCCAGGAUCAUGUGCUGAUGUGGAUAAGAAAUCUAAUCUUAGGUGAUAUCCUUACUAAACUGUUAGUUCAACUGUAUAUUUUCUCGUGACAUGUUGCUUUUUAGGAAGGCCACAUGAACUACAAAUCUAGUGUACACUUUAUUCUCUCUUCAAAUUGAUCCUUGUAAUUUCCAGAUUCCUUGAAACAACAAGGUACUUGCAAAAAAGUAACGACAGGAUGCAAGUCAGGUUUUUGCAAGGACUUCCUUUGUAGUUUCUCUAUUUCACUGCACAAAUGAUCAUUGGAGCAGAACUGUUAUCUUAUCUGGCAACCAUGUCAUUAUUUGAAAAACUGUUUCGUGUUGGUGCCAUGGAGAUUUAAAGGUGGUCUAAGAUGUUGUGGCUGUAAAGUAAGUCAGGUUAUUUCUAGGACUAACUAUUUAGUUUCUCCAUUUCACUGCACAAAUUAUCGUUGUAGCAUAACUGUUACCUUGUCUGGCAACCAUGUCAUUACUUGAAAAACUGCUUCAUGUUGAUGUCACGGAAAUUUAAGCUGGUCUAAAAUGUUGUGGCUAAA